AUGAAAUACAGAAUUGGGAAGUUUAAGAUAACUUUGAAUUUAUUUCUAAUGCAAAAGAAGAUAACACAACAACCGUGUUAUUGUUAUUUGUGCCAAAAGAGUAAAAUGUUUGAAAUAAGUAAUCCAAAAAUUAAAACAACUAAGUUGUGUGUGUUGAUAUUACGUUCACUUAAAAUGCUUCAUCCUGAAAUGGAGUGUUAUUCAAUAAAGACAGACAUUAAUGAAUUUAUUCAAAGUCAUUGGGAUAUGUUAGUGAAGUUAAAGAUAUUUCAAUCAACUCAAUGGAAAAAAGCUAUUCUUGAUGCACUUAAUCAUUGUCCAUUAAUUGAAUGUGGAAAAGACUUUUGUCAUGAUAGAGGGUAUUAUAGAUUGAAAGAUAAUGAAACUACAGAAAAGAAAGAAGAAACACCUAAUCCAUCAUUUUAUAUUUUAACUCAUAAAAAUUCAAAACAAAAUAUUAGUCAAGAACUUUAUAGUUGUUAUGAUGAUCUUCAAAGACAAUUAAGUUAUUCUGUUAAAGUUUUUAGUAAGUUGUAUAGUAAAUACUUAAGAAAUUGUGAUACUAAACGAAGUGAAUUAGUUAGAGAUAUUUUAGAACGUCAGAAUCAAGUUUAUGAUUUGUUUGGUAAUUACAAAUUGCAAUUAUGUUCUUUUGAAUAG